CACCAAUAAAAGCUAAAUGGAAACUAAACAGAAGUUAUCAAAAGAGCCGAAGACUUCUAAAAGAUGCACUUUAGGGUGGAACUGGGGAUUUUAUGACUUGGAUGAUUCCAAGUUCACCUUCAGGGUGAAUAAUCAGGAAUGAUUCCAUAUUCCGUAUCAGCACAUUUCCAUUGCCACGGCCAAUGGCAAGAAUGAAGUGACUGUGGAGAUCAAUAAGGAUGAAAAGACCGCUACGCGGUCUGACAUCCUUACUGAAUGCAGAUUCUUCGUCCCUAAUCCUGACCUUGACGAGGAAGAAAAGGCUGAAAAGGAUGGAGUCAAGGAAACAGAUGAGAUUGAUAUAGAGGAAAUUGGCAAAACACCUGCCCAGAUUGUCACAAAUCGUAUCAUUAAGAAGGCAGGCAUUGGGGAGUUCUCAGGCGAUAUCAUUACAUCUAUCCCUGAAUGUCCCAUGCUUAUUCCCAGAGGGAAGUACAGCCUAGAGAUUUAUGAGACUUUUGUGAAGUUUCAUGGAAGGACCCAUGAUUAUAAGAUCCUUUUUAAGGAUAUUAAUAGAUCAUUUUUGUUGCCUAAGCCUGAUUCUUACCACUUGAUUUACAUCAUUGCGCUGAAUAAUCCUAUCAGGCAGGGUCAGACCACACACAACUAUCUAGCGAUGCAGAUCCAGAAGGAUAGUGAGGUUGCCAUUCAAGUGAACCUCUCUCAGGAAGAGAUCAACAAGCGCUAUCAAGGAGUUGAGCAAGAAAUGAAGGGAAACUUGUAUGACAUCAUCGCGAAGAUUUUCAAGAUGAUUCUUGGCAUAAGUAUCAUUGUUCCAAGCGGAUUCUCCAGCGCUGAAGACAAGGAAGGAGUAAAAUGUAAUGUGAAGGCUAAUGAAGGGUAUCUUUACCCACUGAAAAAGUCUCUUUUGUGGAUCCAUAAGCCUGUGUCCUACAUCAGACAUAGUGAUAUCCAGCAUUGUGAGUUUGCAAGGGUGUCUGAGUUUGCCUCUCACAGCAGCAGAUCCUUCGAUUGUACAAUUGUGACUCAUAAUGGAGAUACAAUAACAUUUUCAGGAAUCGACACGCAAGAAUAUAAACCAAUUUCAGCAUAUUUCGCAUCGAAGAAAUUGAAGGUCAAGAAGAUCGAUGAUGGAGAGGAAGAAAAUCAAGAAUUAGCAGGCGAGUUAGAAGAAGACUCCAAUGAUGAAGAUGAUGAAGACUUUGUGGUUGGAGAUGAGAAGGAGGAAUCCCUCCCUAGUGACGAUGAUCUCGUUGAUGAAUCAGAUUAG